GCCGACGAGAGAUGGUAAGCCCAGUCUUGUUCACUGCACCAACCCAAGCCAAAUAUCACUGUGCGCUGAUCAAGCCGAACCAACCACUCAUCAAUGGUGUUCUUAGCCAUUCCUUCCCUCUCUCCUUCUCACAAAAGCCUCUUCCUCCUCGCCUCCCCUCUCUCAAGCUUUCCAGUUCUUCUUCUGAUUCUAAUUCUCCGUCUUCGGUUUCCUCUCACGACACUGACCAAGUAGCCUACGACUUCUCCCCCGUUUUCAAAGUCUACAAAGACGGCCGCGUAGAGAGACUCGCCGGCCUGGAAACCGUUCCUCCCGGCGUCGACUCCGUAACCGGUGUCGAAUCCAAAGACGUCGUGAUUUCUCCAGGCGAAGCCAUAUCCGCCAGGAUUUUCCUUCCCAAAAUCACGAACCAGGGUCAGAAAUUACCUGUUCUCGUUUACUUCCACGGCGGCAACUUCUGCAUCGAAACCGCUUUCUCCCCAGCUUACCACAACUUCCUCAACUCCGUUACUUCUCGGGCGAACGUCAUAGGCAUCUCUGUCAAUUUCCGCAAUGCGCCGGAGCACCCGGUUCCAACGGGUCAUGAAGAUUCAUGGACUGCCGUCAAAUGGGUCGCUUCCCAUUUAGGCGGCAGCGGCCCCGACGAGUGGCUGAAUCGUCACGCCGAUUUGGGUAAGGUUGUCUUCGCCGGGGAUAGUGCGGGCGCUAAUAUAGCACACCACAUGGCGAUUAGGGUCGGGUUAGAAAAACCACGGGGCCUAAAGCUGGAAGCUUUAGCCUUGGUGCAGCCCUUUUUCUGGGGCGAAGAACGAACAGAGUCGGAACGGAAUCAAGCUGCAUACUCGGCGAAGCUGGAUCGCCUAUGGAAGUUUCUGAGUCCGAGUGCGUCUGGGGGCGACGAUGCGUUGGUUAACCCGGAGAAGGAUCCGAACGUGGGAAGGCUAGAUUGUAAGAGAGUGCUCAUUUGUGCUGCAGAGGAAGAUUUGUUGAGGGAUAGAGCCCUGAAUUACAGAGAAUUGCUGGGGAAGAAUGGAUUUUCGGGGGAUGUAGAAGUGUUUGAGACGAAAGGGGAAAACCACGCGUUCCACAUAUUCAAGCCAACUUGUGAGAAUGCUAUGGCUUUACUGAGCAUUAUUGCUUCCUUCAUCAAACAGGAAAAGCGGUAAGCAUUGGACUACUUUACUUUUUUGUGGCUUACUGUAUUUCACAGUUUUUAUUGUUAGAUUGCCCGUUUGGGUUUUAAUAUUUGCACGCUUUGCGGCUACAUAUUUGGGUGUAGAAUAUCAAAUUCCAAUCCAAAGAUAUGCAGUUAUAUUCCCAUAACAAAAAUCUGUGCUAUCAGCAAGCCUCCCCCCGGGGGGUCUUUGCCUGUAAGAUUUUUUAACAUCGACGGAUAACAAUUUUUUUUUAUUGGAGCUAGCUUAAGUAAUUUUGUACUAUACAAUGUAAAUAUAUAUGAGAAGAAAGUGAUUUUUAAAAGUGUUCAAAGCACACCGUUAAUCCAA